UUUUACGACAAUCAUUUCAGAAAAUAAAGUUGAAAACUUGGAACAGUUUUAUCAAUAUCAGAUGCAUUGUGUUAACUUAAUGAGUUUGUGUGUGUAUCAGUAAAACAAGUCACAGAAAGUUACUUACGCUUGACAACUAGUUGCACAUAGCCAUCUGAAACAAUGGACCGACAAACAUCUGAUCUUAUCAACCUUUGCCGUGCUGUGAACUCAGAACGAGGACCUGAGAGAAGGAAAGCUGCUGUGAAAUUGAUUAACAGUUUACACCAGUCUGGUGUGAAGAAAUCUCUGGACAAGAACUUUGAAAUAAAAGCACUUGAAGGAAAGAAGGCCAGAGUGUUUACAUGGGAAAAUGUUUUCAGGGCGGUGUGCCUCUACGUUCAACUGGAGACUGAAGAACUGCAGAAAGCCAAUGAGAAUGUAUCAAAGGCAACAAAAACUGGGCGGGAGACUCGCAAGAAAGACAUAAGCGGGCUUGUAAAGACAGUUAUAAGAGCUGCGGACAAAGGAUCCCCUAAGUUAAAGGGCUCCCUGUUAUUUGAGCACAUCAAGACAGUCCUCAUGGAGCUAUUCUCUUGUGACGCUUAUGGUCAAGACUACUGCAGUAUUAUGCUGAAAAAUGUCCUCACAGUCAGGAAAUAUGUCGUGGAAUUGACCACUGAAGAACUGCAUAAGUUACUGUUUCUGUUCUGCAAGCUGUUUUGUGACCCUGAUGUAAAGCUAGACAGACUGGUUCUGGCAAGAAUAAUCCAUUCGCUGGUAACCAGUCUGUCUACACAGGCUGAUAUCAGACCUAAGAGGAUACUGGCUUUCUUCACAGAUUUCUUCUUGAAAUCAAAACAACACAAGUCUGGGCUGAUUGUGCAACACCUGUUGUCAGCGUUGAACGUAUUAGUGGGAACAAUAACCCCGACAUCACGCGUCCAAGUGUGUCGACUGGGCGAGGACAUAGUCCACCAUCUGUUAUACCUCUGGCACAACAUCGCUACUGAGGAACUUAAGGACUGUCUGUUGGAGUUUCUGCAAGUCCAGGUGUGGUGUCACCACCCCCGGGGAGACAAGCAGGGAGGGGGUGGGGCUUUUGCUGUCAACUGGGAUACUUGGAUGAGCCAUUUGAGAAAGCUGUAUGACUUGAUGUAUUCCGAGAUUCAGCAGAUUGGAGCAAAAUCAAGGGCCAAAGAUAGUAUAUUGAAGCCAGCGUUUGUCAAUUUGGCAGUGGAUGUUUGUCAACAGAUAUUCACAGAGGGCUCCCACACUAUAGAGGUGACCCAACUUUCCCUGCCUGAAAAUGAGGAGGAGGGAACCCAGCCGGGACCCAGACCCAAGAGGCGGAGACUAGAGUCGGGUUGGGAGGCAAUUAGGGGUUUUAUCAUAACCUCUGGGCAGACAGCCAAACUGAUUCCAUGGCUACAACUAGUGACUGGCAUACUAGACAAGCACCCGAGCAGUUUCCCCCAGGACGAGACACUCCCAUACCUGACAUGCCUGUCUCAAAUAGUGGGCGACUGCAAGAGGGCGGAUCUCAUGAACCAUGUACAGAGGUGUAUUCGAGCCUUCGUGUCCAACUGGGACAAGGUCUUGGGUGAAUCUUCUACUGAUAACACCCAACAACUUGCUAAGACUCAUUGGAAUCAGAUUUGGAUGGCAUCUCUGAGGUUUGUGAGUCUACACAACACUGAGCCAGAGGGGUAUCUACUGUUGUCAGCCAUGAUCUCACAAGGGUUGGUGACUCCUAGACGGGACCUGUGGUCCCUAUUUGUCCCCUCAAUCUCUCAGCCAAUCACAGAGUCUGUACAGUUCUUGUGCCAAUUAUUAACCUCUUGUGAUCUUCCGGAACAGCUUGUUCCAAGCCUGGUCAUAUCUGUGCCAAGUCAGACUGGUAACACAAGCUUUCCUCUAAGAAAACAACUGAUAGACUGGUUAUUUCCUUCUCGUGAAGAAGAAGGUGAAAGUUCAAGGUCAUUCAAGCUGAAUCCUGAUUGGACAGCAAAAGCUUUGGUGGCCUUGACGCUAAAUGACCCAUCAGGUGUCAAGAUUGAUUUAUUUGUGAAAAAAGGCGCCAUUAGUGAUAUAGAGAGGAUUUACUUACAAACAUGCUUGGAACUGCCCCUACAAGCCAAUAAAAAUCUUGUGCCAAAGAAGAAUAUUGAGAAGACCUCUGAUUCUGCCCAUCUAUCAACACUGUUGAAUGUGGUUGAAAAUAUGAUCAAGCAAGAAGUGCAAUACCUGUGUUCCAGAUCGGAUGAACAGGCUCCCAACAUAUUGGAAGCUGUGAAUUUUUGCCAGCUGAUUUCAAACAUUCUGUUUCAACUCCUUUCACAAAAUAUCUUCACCACGGCAACCGUAUCUCACAGCAACCUCUACACCCACCUAGUCACACUGAUGAAGAAAAUCUCCAAGUGUUUACAUGACAUUGUUAAAAAAGACGGUGCAGCCGGAACAGGGAGUGUUAUUGAAGCACUAGGGCGGCUGUUUGACUGGAGUUUGUGUGAGGCGGAGUUGGGUGGGGUUAUGGCUUGUCUGUGUAGGGCAGCCACUCCUGCACAGCUGACUGAUGUGCUGAUGGAUAUUGCAGCUGAUAAGCAUUCUAAGGAAAAUAACCAUGCUCAUAUAUCUGACGCAUCCUUGAAGGAGUCCAGAUUUGAGCGAAGCCGUUCUCGUGUCCUUGACUUAGAUGAUGAUGAAUUUGACCUUGACCUUGAGAGUGAGGGCACCAGUAACCGUAACAACAACAACAUGGAGGUUGAUGACCUUGACUUUGAUGUUGAAAUUGAGACUCAAGAUUCGGAUGACUCCAGCAUAAAUGUUGAAGUUAGUCAAAGUCUGCUGACUGCUCAGCUUAAUGAGGCCCAGACAUUAAGAAUGUUGGCUGUGUGCAGCCUGUGUGCCUGGUGUACCCAUAGCAGGGCCUCAACCAGAGAAUUAAAGCUGAAACCUGAGAUGGACCUCAAAUAUCUUAAGAACAAGCUUGUUGGUCUCCUUAGUGAUGAGACAUUGGACCCUAAAAGGAUAUUUGACCUGCAAAUGAUGGUGAAAAUCACAUCCCAACUGACAGAUGUGACGGAGAAUCUCACUACCAAGGAACUGCUUGUCAUAGUUACAGCCAUCAGAUUGUGUGUGUCUGCCCACCGGAAGGACCAAGAAGUGUGUGUUGCCAGUCUAGAGUUGAUGAUUAGACUGGUGCCCCAUCUUUCUGACUCAGACAACGUCUCCAGCUCCACAUUGAGGGAGGCUCAGUCCAUAGUGCUUGUAUUGGCUAAUGCAUUCUGGAGACUGGAAACUUAUGCUUCACCGGUGAGGAGAAAGCUGGCUGUGCUUAUGGAAACAUUACACGAGCAUGAUCCAGAAGUCAGGUGGUCAAGGUUUAAGUCUGAAGAGGAAGAGAACAGCCCAGAUUCCCAGGGAGCAUCUGGUCCUACCCCGGGGGAAAGAUUCAUCAACUGCCUGGCUGAUGACUGUCUUCUGGUCCGCAGUCAAACAACACAGGCUAUACACAAGCUGUUCAUACAAUGCCAGAAGCCAGUAACAAGGAGUACCCAGGAGGAAAUGUUUGCCCUCAUAUACAAGGAGCUGUCUGAGCUAGUGGACAUCUGCCUACCUGCCACUAUGACACCAGACAGAAAACAGGACUUCAGUGAAGCUGUGGACUCAAGCCUGCUCCUCAGUAUUGGAGGGGUGAUCUGUCACAGUGGAGUUUGUGAAAAGGUUGCCCUGUUCUCCCUGCUACAGUUUAUUCAGGAAAAACACCUCGCAGUGCACAAAGUAUGCAAGCUGGUGGGAAAGGUAUCCACGUUCCUUGGUUACACCAGUUUGGAGCAGUUUGUGACCAGUCACCUGCCCUACCUUAUACAUAGAUGGCUACAGUUGGAGUUCCCCAUCAAGAAGUUCCCCUACCACUUACUGAACUGCUCUGACAGAACACAAUUCUAUAGGGACCAUUUGGAUGCCUUGAUUCCGGAACUGGUAGUAUUCAAGGCUCUGCCAGCUAUCAAGGAGAUAUCAGUUAGCCUUGGAGCGACACACAAGGACAUCCUGCAGUCACUUAUCCCUAGAAUUGUCACCCAUAUUCUACCAGUGUUUGCUACGGGGAAGAAAAAAGCCCAGGCAUCCGCUGCAUAUGAUCUGUUGGUGGAAGAAAUCUCUCAGCAAGUUCUAGAGAGACAGAUAGUAAAUAACCUGGAUGAGAUCGUCGUCAACAUUCUUGGGUGCCUCCAUGACACAGAUUCCGAUAUCGGACCAAUCAGGGACACAAACCCGGAGCCCAACCCCCCAUUCUACAAUACACUGGCUGUUACAUCGACGCUUGACUAUAUCACUAGGAGUUUUGCUGGCAAGGACAAAUCCCUCGUGGAAAUACUUUCCAAAACUACAGAUAGCCUUCAGAAGAUUCUGCUCAAGCUUUCAUCCUCCCUAUGGGCCAGCCAUCGUGUUAGCGAGAAGCGGCGUGUGCUGUCCAUGUACCAACUGUUUACUGGCCUGCUGCUGAGACAUUUCCAUACAGAGCUUGGGGGAUGUUGGGCAUUUGUUCUGCGAGAUAUGCUGACACGGCUUAUCUACCUGGUCAGGGAAAUGCUGGCAAUUCACGACCUUUCUGGUGUUGAGAGCAGUUACAGAGAAAACAUUGCCUGCUCCGCUCUUCAGUUGCUGAUGGAAAUAUCAACAGUGGCUGUUGACUGCUGCUCUAAAGAGUUUCAGAAGUAUCUUGGACUGCUGGCAGGAAAUCUUGUGCCCAUUGUGGAGAUGGAAGGUGAUAUUGGGGAACAGUCAUUGCGUCUCCUAAAAUUUCUCAUUCUGGAGAAAGCCGGAGAGUUGCGUACAGGAAUUGCCUCCCUUGAUAACUUUCCGGACAGGCUGGUUUUUAAGGAGUGCAGGGCCAUGCAUCAUAAACUGAAAUAUGCCACUGGACCAUUUAUCUUGAAACAGGAGGUGGAACAUUUCCUGUCAGCUGACCAUUUUCUGACCCUGGAUGGUUCCCUGCGACUAGAGGGCCUACAUUUCCUUUGUGACCAACUAUUAGAAGCAAGAAACCAGCUUCAUGUGCUUGCGCGAGAUGACACAAUGUUGCGACUGGUUUGCAAGUUGGUGGAGCUGAGCCGCUGUGAUGACGAGUCUGUUGCCAUGGUGGCAGGCAGGUGCUUGGGAGUGAUGGGCCCAGUUGACAUGAAAACCAUCUGCUUUCCUUCCCCACCCACUCAUCCAAGCCUGCAGAUGGCUCUUACAUGCUUUGAAGAGGUGCCAAGUGUCCACAAAUACUGCAAUAUCUUCCAUAAGCUAAAUGAAUACCUCACUGACAAAAGUAUGUCCGUGGUUCAGUGUGCCAGUACAGUCCUGAAGGAGCUACUGUCAGUGAGUAAUGGUGUAGACUUUGCUGCAGCCUAUAAGGUGAAACUCGGGGACAUGGAGUACCUCUUCAAAUAUCUACACCCAUUUAGGGCCAGCAAAAAGAGGGCAGUACAUGUGAAUGUACCAGGGGCGAACUGGGAAGUGUUCCAGUCUACUGUUGAUAUGGAUGACCUCUGGAAUCCUGCUGAUUGUUGCCAUGACAACUGGAUCAUCUCCUUGACAACAACACUCAUCAACAGUGGGGCUGUUAGAGAUGAGAUUCUUCAGCUGUUGGGUCCUGUCUGCAAAAUUAAGAGGGAGUUUUGUGAGCUGGUGUUGCCCUUCAUUAUACAUGAUGUACUGGUCAGUGGUGGGGAUGACCACCAUGAGGUACUGUCCAGGCAGAUGUCCAGAUUCUUCUCUGACCAUUGUGGUCAGUCUGAAGGGAGGGUCAGCAGAUGCCAAUCAAUGACAGCUGCUACCACUUCCUCUGAUUGGAAGUGGGCUAGUAUGAAUGUUGAUUCAGUCAGAGUGAUGCUAGAAGUUGUGCAGUACCUCAGACAACAGCCUAGACCUAAAAAAGGGCGUAGAGAAAUGACUCCUUGGGACAACAAUUUCUGGUUGGACAUUGACUACCUGAAGGUUGCCAUGGCAGCACAGUAUGUCUCUGCCCACUUCUCCACACUGAUGUAUGCUGAGAUAUGGUUUGAUGUGCAGAGAGAGAAGCAAGCAACCACAAGAUCUAGCCAGUCUCAAAAACUUAGUCAGAGCCUUAGUGAGGAGACGAGACUGGACAACCUCAGUGGGGCCUCACAGACCAAUGUCCCCAUUCAGGGCCUCUUGCUUGAGGCCUAUACUUGGAUUGGGGACCCCGAUGGGGUUUAUGGGUGUGGAGCCGGAAGGAAAGCUGAUACCUCAUCAAGAGUGUGCACCUACCAACAUGAAAACCAAUGGGAUAAAGCGGUCGUGUCAUGUGACAUUGAGAUGAGCCAAUCAGGGCAGGGCAACCAAUAUGAACUGUUAUACGCCCUCCAGAGUUUUGGUACGAGCCACAUACUGUCCAUGUAUAUGCAAGGCAUGCUGGGACAGGAAACUGGGACUGUUCUCACCUCCAAUACUAGAGAGCUCCAGUUUGAAUCUGCAUGGAGGGUGGGGCAAUGGAAUCUUGAUGUGCCCAACAAGUCACAGGGCAGUCCAGGAUUCCAUGAAUGUAUGUACAGAUCCCUGAGGUUGGUGAAAGAGGACCAUUUCUCUUUGGCUACAAGCUCACUUAACUUAGCGAGAACAAGUGCCCUUCUAAGACUACAGGGUGGGUGCCUGGACAGCACAAAACAGCUCUAUUCUGCAAUGGCUGACCUCCAGUGUAUUAAUAUGGUCCAAGAUAUAGCAACCAUCCUAAACAGGAAAUCAGAUGGUACCAGCCUUCCUCUUCUGAGUGACACAGUCUACACUGAUACAGAGUUUGCUGUCCUUGACCCAGUGUUACACAUGCAGUGUACCUCAUCUCGACUGCUGCACGAGAAACUUGGGGCCAAUACACUGUUUAAGGAUGUGGUGACAAGUCUAAAACAGCUUGCUGUAACUGCCAGACAGGCCAACAGACAUCAGAUAUCUGAGAGAGCAAUUGCUAGCCUGAAGCAACUGUGUGGCUCAGACCCAGGGCUUGCAAUCCCCUGCACAAUUGAGGAGGCCCGACUGUUCUGGGCACGUGGGGAGCAAAACAUUGCCAAGCACCUCAUCAGGGCCUCCAUUGACAAGCUUAAUAAGUUGCGCACAACAGACAGUGAAUGUGCCAAAAUGUUCCCGAAAGCUCUUGGUAUCUAUGGCGAUUGGCUGGCUGAAACUCGUUCAGAAAACCCCAACAUCAUUAUGGAGAAUUAUAUGGAAAAGACCAUUGCCUUGUAUGAGGAACUGGGCGAAGACAAAGAGACAUCAGUAGACGCAUACCUGUCACUGGCGAGAUACGCGGACACUCAGUAUCAGAACAUCGUGAACUACAUGCGGUCCAGCACGUUCGAGGCCAAACAGACACUGAUGAGAAACGCAAAGGAAGAGGCCGAGAGAUUGAGAGAAGUUAUGGGGGAGUCAGCCAAAGAUCGCUACCUGCGGACAUUAGAAAAGCAGUCAGAGAUUGACGAGCUUGAGCUCUCGCGCAUGCAGGAGGACCGCCAACUGUUUCUCCUGAAGGCCGUUCAAAACUACAUCCAGUGUCUGCGGAGUGGGGAUACACACAACCUCAGGGUGUUCCGCCUAACAUCUUUGUGGUUUAACAAUAUUGACAAUGAGCUGGUGAAUUCAAUGAUCCAGGGUUGUGUGAGCAGUAUAUCAACCUACAAGUGGCUUCCCCUUAUGUAUCAACUAGCUGCUCGUAUGGAUGUGAAGCCGCACAAUGGCACCACAGAGGAGUUCCUCAACACACUCAAUAAGCUGAUGUAUGACACGGCGGUAGAACACCCUCAUCACACCCUGUUCUGCAUUCUUGCCCUCGCUAAUGCCAACAGGGACACAGAGCUACUGCAGCAGGGUCGGGCCAGCAAGAGGGGGUCUCGGCUCUCCAAGUCACAGCAACCAGAUUCUGCUGUUGAGGAAGGUCGAGUGCAAGCUGCGAAGUCACUGGUACAGAAGUUAAGACAAGACAAGAAAGUUGGCGGGAUUAUAAGGGACUUGGAGAAACUGUGUGAUGCCUACAUACAGUUGGCUAACUGGGGGGUCUCACAGUAUAAAACAACCACCAGUAUGUCACCCAUCCCGUUACCUGAUGCUCUAUGGAUUUCAAAGCUUAAAGAUCUGAAGAAAGUUCCGGUUCCCACGAAAGACAUUAUGGUUAAACCAUCAGGAGACUACAGCGAUGUCCCUUACCUGGUGAAAUUUGAGCCAACAUUCAAACUGGCUGGUGGGAUCAAUCUUCCUAAGAUCAUCUCUUGCAUGGGCUCUGAUGGCUCCAAGAAUAGACAAUUAGUCAAGGGUCGUGAUGAUCUGCGUCAGGAUGCUGUGAUGGAGCAGGUGUUUGGAAUGGUAAACAGUCUGCUCAAGAAAGAUCCAGCCACACGGAAACGCCAGCUACACGUCCGACAGUAUAAGGUGAUCCCACUGUCACAGCGUAGUGGUCUAUUGGAAUGGUGUGAGGGAACCCAGCCAAUUGGAGAGUACCUUAUAGGGUCAAAGGGCGCACAUGCCAGAUACAGGCCCCACGACUGGCCCCAUAUGGAGUGCCGCAGACACAUGGCUUCUGCCACGACAGUGGAGGGGAAGUAUAAGGCUUAUCAGCAGAUCUGUGAGAAGUUCCAACCGGUGUUCAGACAUUUCUUCCUGGAGAGGUUUGCAGCUCCGCCUGUUUGGUUCCAGAGACGACUGGCCUACACACGCAGCAUAGCUACCAACUCCAUUGUUGGCUACAUCCUGGGUCUAGGAGAUCGCCACCCCCAGAAUAUCUUGAUUGACUGUAACACCGCUGAACUGGUGCACAUUGACCUAGGUGUGGCAUUUGAGCAGGGGGAGAUACUCCCGACCCCGGAAACGGUCCCCUUCAGGCUGACCCGGGAUAUUGAGGAUGCUAUGGGGGCUUCAGGGGUAGAGGGGGGAUUCAGGAGGUGUUGUGAGGCCACGCUGGAGGUAAUGCGUCACAACCAGGAGUCCCUGUUGACUAUUCUCGAGGUGCUUCUGUAUGACCCACUUCACGCCUGGACGAUCUCGCCAGCCAAGGCUUUUGCCCUGCAACAUCGUCGGGGAGGCGAGAGCGGGGAUACGGUGGAUGUCGGCAAUACCACCUCCGGCGACAUAAUGGAUUAUGCCGAGAAUCACAGCAACAGGACAAACAGUGCUACCCAGGAGAGUGCUAACAAGUUAGCGGAGCGUGUGUUACUACGGUUACAACAGAAGCUAGCUGGGGUGGAAGACGGGGUACAACUCAGCCUGAAUGGACAAGUGAACCAUCUCAUACAGGAGGCCCGCAAUCCACACAACCUCUCAAGACUAUUUCCUGGAUGGCAACCUUAUAUAUAGUGAAUGUAGUGAAUGAUGAUUUCUUAAUUUUGUCAAUUAUAAUAAAUUUAUUUUCUGUCAAGAGUCUUCAUAAAUAAAUAAGAUAAGAAGAUUGGAACUUUGGAUGGCAGGCUCACAUAGGGAAGAAAAAAACAAACAUUUUAAGGUUUAUUGAAACUUAACUGCUUUUCUAUCUGGAAAUCUUCUGAAUUUGUUUGGAGAAUUUUUUUUCAUGUUUUGAAAAAAGAAAACUUAUUUUUUUAUGCAAGUAACAUUGAUAGGCAUUAAAUUUGUUCCAUGUUAAACAGUUAUUUUUUGUUGAAAUGGAAAUUGUGUUCUAGUAGUUUGUAAAAAAACAAUUUUUAGCUUGUCUGUUUUUCAAAGAAUGAUGUUGCCAUUCACAAUGACAUCAGUGGGGUUGUGCAAAUUCUUUAACCUUGGCUGUUAACUUAAAAAUAUUUCCAAAUCUCAAGAUAUUGGAACAUAAUUAAUGUUUCCAGAGCUAAUAUGGACAAGUAUAGCAGGGCCAAUAACUCUUGCUUAAAUGAUUGUUGAGUUAUCCCCCUUUUUCAACUGGAAAUAACAGAUAAUAAUUUAGGUUAUUCAGUGCUUUACAGUCGAGUCUUGCCUAAAUAGUACAUGCAUGCAUUCUAUUAAAGUGUUGUAAAAAAAAUGUGUUCAGUAAAAAAGGCAUUCUGCAUUUAGUGUUAUAUUCAGAACAAUUGAGUUCUUGCUAUACAGUUUUGUUUUAUUUGAAGCAAAUUGUUCUGAUCUGACAUUGUGUUGAAUUGUUAUUUAUAUAAUUCAAUUUGAACAGUAUUUACUCUGUUUUUCCAUGUAACCUAUAUUUAAUGUUACGGGGUUAGUUGGCGACCCAAUAUUGGAUAUACAGGGCAAAGGAAACCAUAUCGGGUGAGAGCGAAGGUCAAACCUGAAUAUUGUUUCCUGCGCCCCAUAUAUCCCAUAUCUGGUCUCCGACUUACCCCUUAAUAUUAUGACUGUCGACAAUCUGUUUACAUUGAUGAAUUUUGGGAAAUGUUUCAUUUAUUCUUCAGAAUUGGAAAAUAGAUGCCAUUUUGAUGCAAUAUAAUUGAGUGAUUCAAUAUGGAAAUAUAUGUAGUCACGGUGUGACCUGUCCUGGACCAAUGGCGUUACACCAUAUAUGUAGGAGGCUUGAUAUAGACAGCUAUCACAAAUCGUUAGAAAAUUCAAAGCCAGUAUCUUUCAUUUUGUAUGCUCCUUUUAGCUAGCAAGAUUAUGAGGUAAAACCAAAAAUGUGUUCAACUGAAGAUGUGACAUGUGAUGUUUUUACUGAGAGUUCUGCACCAGUAGUGUUCAUAAAUUUAAUCAAUUGUUCGUAUGUAAGCAUAAUAAUGUUGUACUGUUAUGAAUUUCUUUAAAAUGUGCUUUUAAAUUGUUGUGUGAUUUAUUUUUGAAUUCAUUUGUAUAACUUGUGCUAGUUGUUUUUAAUAAAUCAGGUGCU